AUGGAUGCCGCAUACGACCACAGCAACCGCGCCUUUCUUCAGGCGUUCAUGGCACGUUCGUUCAUGACCUUUAAAGAAGCGCAACCAGUUUUGGCCGCAAUAUUGACAGUUUCCGAGGGCCAAACAGUCGACCCCGAAGAUGUCACCGAAGAGCAAUUCUCCUCCUACGUUUCAGCAGCCAAUACCGCAAUUUCACCCUUCGACUUCGAGAUCAGAAGCUCAUUACUACAAACCCCUCCAACCACAACCCCAGAGGAUGCCCCUUCAUUACCAGACCGAGUGUACGCCCUCGUCAACACGACAAGUGAUCCUCUAACCCAGCUCGCGACAACGUACUCCGCAGACGAAAUCGCCUUCCUGAAACGCCUCCUCGACUACAUGUUCAUCAACAACAACACAGUCCGAUGCGAAGGGCUGGCCGCUACCCAAAUGCAAGCGGUGCAACUGCACCGAGCUGGCGAUACCAGUAGACGACAGUCCCAGGCUGCUGGUACACAACAAACACAGGCUGGAGCACCUCAGUCGCUGCGCAUGACGCAGGCAGAGACCAUGAUCAAAAAUUUAAUUGAGGAGGGCUGGCUACAGAAGAGUUUGAAGGGGUAUCUUAGUCUGACACCGCGCGCCUUGAUGGAGUUGCGGGGCUGGUUGGUGUCGGAGUAUAAUGAUGAGACUCGUGAGGGCCACCGAGCGCACCGGAUUAAGUUCUGCGCUGCUUGCAAGGAUAUCAUCACUGUGGGGCAACGCUGCGGUGAUCUCGAGUGUGGGGGACGUCUUCAUGAGCAUUGUAUGCGAAACUUCUUCCGUAUGCAGAAAGGGGAGAAUUGUCCUGUCUGCAAGGAAGGGUGGCCGGGCGAUCAUUAUGUAGGCGAGAGAGCCUUUGCUGCUAGGGCACAGCCGAGGAGUAUUGCGCAGCCAGACUCCCAGGUUCCUUAUUCUAGUAUGCCGAACGGUGAUGAAGAAGAAGAAUCGGAUGAGGAGAAUAGUGAUGAAGAUGGAUGA